AAUACAACAGCAAGCAUUUCAGUAUACCAAAUGUAGAUAAGCGUUUGCUUGUAUUGCGUUCGACAAGCAAGCCAGCUAAACAAGCAAACGCCAAUAACUUCAUACUAAAUAUUUACUAGGCACAUCGCUAUCAGCAACAUUUUAGACGUUCAACGCCUCUUAGAGACCGCCAGCGUACGCUAUGAAUACUCAGCGCGCUUGACCGCACAGCUUGGCCUGGCAACUACUCAGCUUCGAGGCGCGUCGCAGUCAAACGUCGCGUCGAUCGUUGAUCGUCUUUUGAAACAUUCAUCAAAACGGCGAGUCGAACUUGCAAGGCUCCAAAACCGUAACACGAAAUUCAGUUAACUCAAAAGUGGCGUCGGAUGUGGAAGUGAAUUUUGAAAAAUUCUACAAAAAAAAAUAAAUAAUUUUGUGAACCGUUGAAAUUCAAAAACGAAUUUAAGCUGCAGAGUAGAACAAAGCGCCGCUUUUAAAGGAAAAUUCUCACACAAGGCAAUUUAGUUUGCGUUUGCAGUAACCAGCCACAAGCAACCAGUCACACACAGAGCACUUACUACAAAUAUGUCCAACGCCGUAAAUAGCGGGGAAGCGUUCAAUAUACGCGUGAAUUACUUGAAGCCCGAAACAGUGGAAAUUGCCAAAAAUGAGCUACGCGAAACACCCGAGAUCAAGGAGGCCGCGAUCAAGGAGCUGCGCGAACUUUUACACGCUGCCACAGAUAUAAACUACAAGGAUGAUGAUGAGUUUCUGGUGAUAUUUCUGCGCGCUUGCCACUUCUAUCCAAAAAGUGCACUCGAAAAG